CACAAAGUUGAGUCUGUUGAUGCAAGGAAAUCUAGAAAAAUGGAGGUAUUGAAGUCAACACUUGCUGAAGAGAUAAUACUAUCGUCCAUUCUGUACUUGUGACAGACAUCGAGUCGAAAAUGAAAGGCAAACACCGUGGUUCUUUUCGUCAUUGCGUGCUCGCCGGAAAAGGCUCUAGAGGCGGAGUUGCUAGUUGUACAUGUACAUCUCAGCGUUUUAUACAAAUCGGAGCAACAGGAAUACGGCGGGCUUUCUCCACUGAUGUCGAAGCUCCAUCCUCGAUUUCUUUUUUUGCUUCCGCAGGCCCGAUUGCCACAGAGAGUGGUGUAAAGCUAGGACAUGCUGGAGAACAAUCCAUUGAGGCUGAGCAAUCUCGUUCAAGCGCGUCAUCAACAUCUACGACAUUGUCCCCGACGCCUCAAAAUGACAGCUCAAUCGAUGUUGAGUCAUCUUCUACAACGUGCACAAGUACAACCUCUACAACAUCUUCGACCGUAGCAGCAUCUAUUCCUGAGAACAACAUUCCACCAGAGAAGCUCGGACAUUGGUACUGUCGUGACUUCCCCGCUUUUCUGAAACGCGGAGUUGCAGUGUCUGAAUGGGUUAAACUUCGACGUGCUGGAGGUAGGCUAGACGCUGGUGGAAAACGUUUUUUGCUGGAGAAAGUAAGGGAGAGCUUGGAGGACCACCGACGACCUAGUAGUGCUAAUAAUGGAAGUUCCAGUAUUGAACCUGGUCCUCCUGCUCCUGCUGGAUCUGGUUUGGCCGACAACAAGAAACCAUCAAUUAUUCCGAUCCCUCAUGCGGCUGCCGCAGCAACUACUAUAGGGACCCCCACUAGAACAAACUCUCUAAUCACCAUAAAAACCAAUCCACGUUCAUCCGAUCUCGCCUUAUAUCCAAUAUUUCUUCGCCAACUGCAGAUCGACGAUGAAAAAACGAUUGAACAGAUGUUGGAUCGAGCAGUGGAGCAGCUUGCAAGUGGUGAGAUGGGCUUGGUACAUCAAUGGACACAUCGUGGUGCUGCGGGACCUUAUGGGCAUGGGAGGCGUAGUUUUUCGAGUAGCGGCGGACCAGGGAUUCUUCCUACUUCUGGUAGUGCCCAUGGUCUAAAAACGUCUUCUAAAAAAAGUAGUAAUGGAACUCUAUCGGCAGUGAAGCUUCCACCUGUACCACGGGAUCCAAAGGGUGCCAUCCGCCUUCCAUCAGAAAUCGAGGUAUUCGUGCGCGGUUUAAUGGAGCUUCCGGUCGAAUUUAGAGGUAUGUUUCAUGCUGCGAGGAAAUUUGUUCAGAAGCUGGCCAAUAGUGAGCAACAAGGAGAGGGAUUAGAAAAAUGGCCAGUAAGCAACUUGUGCCUCCUCUUCUCUACGCUUUCCCAAGCGAUGGUGCCGUUUGAUCGGAUGAAGAUUUUCUACACCUUGUUGCAUCAGAAGUUGAUAGUAGAGGAUGGCAGUGGUGGGGGUGCCGCUGCUGGUGCUGCUUCGACUCGACCUGGUAGAAAUGGCUUCGCAUCUUCUGUUACUGCUCCAACAGUAGCAGCUCGCCUUUUCUUGCGACUAUCACCCGACGACCGAAGAGUUGUUCUAGAAGUACUCACACCUCUAGUUUUCGAUGAUCAUGGGAGUGCCAGAAUGCUGAACAAGUACCCUUUCAAUGUGGCGAAGCAGAUGGAGUUGUUGCGGGAUUUUAAGUUCUUUCUCGGCCAGGAAUUCCGGAAGGAAGUCGAAGAGUGCACAUCAGUGCGUGACCUUGAGAUACGAUGUUGCACUCUGUUGCGGUAUUUCACAGAUCCGAGCUAUCAGAGUUUGUUUACUUCUGACACUGCCUCCGAUGUUGAGCCAGCUGAUGGAGGUAGUGGUAAUGCGCUGGAAAUAAAGUCAACAUCAGAACAAGAGAAGCAAGACGCGUCUUCUGACGCGCCAGAACCCAUUUUCUCGUCUUCCGUGCGAAAACAAGAACAACACGUCGACCCAUGUUCUUCCGAAAGCCUUUUACACCUCUUCGUCGACAAAGCAAAAACACUGGCUCACGAUGGCAAGAAAGCUCUACCCGAAGUCCACUACUCCCAGCUUCUGUGGCAUACUAGAGGCCUGCCUGCUUGGGCUCGAGCUGCCAUUGCACACAAAUGGUUAAUCGAGGAAAAAGCGUGUUCCACAUUACUCCUCGACGGCAAACAGGUUUCCGCACCCAGCACCACUACAGGUUUGUACCUCUAUGCGAAGUGGUUGGAAAUGCUCUCUGGCUUGGACGACUCUGACCUUUCUGGCGUCACCAAGAUUCGAGAGCAGUUGAAAGUGCGUGUUACAGCAAGAAAAACAACGCUCUUGACACCAAACAUUGCUGUUUCGUUGCUGUUGUCGACACAAGAUAUGAGGUUCUUAGACCACAUUGAACAAUGGCAAGAUCUAUCACCGGGAGACCUGAAAAAGCUGUGUCGACUGGAGCAACUGAGCUUGAGGAGAGAAAUUGUACGGAGAGUCCGACAAUGUGCAAUCAAUUCGCAUCUUCUAGGAGGUGACUCUUUUCCUACACGACUAACAGGAGCUACAUCUACAUCUACUGAGCAGAGGAGCGAUUCCACAUCUGCUUUUGCCUCUACCUCCUCUCCUCACAAGAACAUCGAUGGAGUCAAAACAACUAGCGAUAUUACAGAACAAGCAAACAGCAGCACAAGUCGCGAGACGACGAUCGACGCACUAGAGGCCUUGUAUUCGAUCGAGCAGCUAAUGCUAUUCUCAAAUCUGCUUCCAGCAAGCUCAUCUAUCGAAGAUGGAGAUGAACAACUACAAGCAGCAAGAAACAAUUAUCCGAGUUCUGAACAUCAAGACCUGUCCUGGCAACAGGGCUGGAGUGUCUUCGACUUGGCUUUGCAACGCAAAUUGCACGCCUGCAACGACUUGGCGAAGUUGAACGAGGUCAUCGCCACGAUGAGUAAGAGCGGGAAGUACGAAUCGAGCCUGCUUUCGGGCGCAAGAAAUAAGUAUGUUUGUCGCGUCUUGAAAGCUGGAAAGGAUGUGGAAUAUCUCUGAACGCGCUGUGAUCCUGAAGUAGAGCGAGCACUCGGUAGGAUAACUACUCGUGACAUUUACAUUUUUACAAAUCUAAUGAAAAUACAGACAGCUCUUGAAGAUGUUGAUGAUAGUGUGGAACUCGAACUUAGUACUUCAAAAAAAAUAGUGAUCCUCAAUCAUUGCUAGAAAAUUGAAAUUUUUCAUGAUGAUCUUGAGAAAGUGCUGCGACGCAUAAACGACUUUGUGAAUCAAACAAGUCGAAAUGACAACGAACAACGAAAAUGCUCUGUAAGUACAUGUUCUUGUUCUGUAAGAACAGUUCUUGAUACGAAAUUGAAGUCAACAUUGUUCAUUUUGGAAAUCGAAAUUCUCAAUCUGAAUCCUUGUUGGAAUUGCCUGUUCUGCUACUCCUUUUGGUUCAUACCUCCAAAAAACCGUUCCACUCAUCACCACAUGUGGGCCUGCCGCUCUGACGACAUCAUUG